AAGGGAAUGACACCUUUUUGGUCCAAAGUUUUAUUUGGCAUGAAAAUACAGGGCGACAGUAUUUUAACAUUUGGGAUGCUUUUUUUUUUUUUUUUGGUACGUGACCGGACACAGUUGACUUUCGAAAGUGCCGAAAGUCAAACGGAAGAGCGGUAAACCUAAGCCCUCUUUCUUGUGCUCUCGCGGGCAGGGAGAGAGAAAGAUGGCGGCGGCUGACGGCCUGCCCGGUCUUUUGCCUUUGCAAAGCCAGUUGGACUACGCGCUGGAGGAUGCGAUCACGCUUCAAGAGAAGGAGAACUUGGUGUAUCAGCAUGUGAAAAAGGUGGACGGCUGGGAGCGGGAUUUGAAAGUUCCCGAGUUUGGAGCAGAUUUACAGUGGCUGAACACUGAGGGUCCACUUUCUUUGUACAAACAUCUUUGUGGAAAAGUAGUGGUGUUAGAUUUCUUCACCUACUGCUGCAUCAAUUGCAUCCAUGUUUUGCCUGAUCUUCAUGAUUUAGAAGAGAAAUACUCUACUAAAGAUGGUCUCCUUAUUGUAGGCGUCCACUCAGCAAAAUUUCCAAAUGAAAAAGUUUUGGAUAACAUCAAAAGUGCUGUUCUUAGAUACAACAUCAUUCAUCCUGUGGUAAAUGAUGCUAAUGCAAGCCUCUGGCAUGAGCUAGAAGUAUCCUGCUGGCCAACCUUGGUAAUUGUUGGACCCCGUGGCAAUAUCCUGUUCAGUCUGGUUGGUGAAGGGCACAAGGACAAACUAUUUCUCUUUACCUCCAUAGCCUUAAAAUACUACAAGGAACAAGGCCAAAUCAAUAAUAAUAGAAUUAGAAUACAGCUCUAUAGAGACUCUUUGUCACUUUCACCUUUGUUGUUCCCUGGGAAAGUUGCAGUAGACAGUUCUGACAACACAUUGGUAAUAGCAGAUACUGGACAUCAUAGGAUUUUGGUUGUGAGGAAAAAUGGUCACAUUCUGCACAUCAUUGGAGGACCAGACAGUGGAAAAAAUGAUGGAAAUUUUUCAGAAGCAUCAUUCAAUUCUCCACAAGGAGUUGCCAUAAAGAACAAUAUUAUUUAUGUAGCAGAUACAGAAAACCAUCUAAUUAGAAAGAUUGAUCUGCAGUUGGAGCUGGUGAGCACUGUUGCAGGAGUUGGAAUACAAGGCACUGAUAAACAAGGAGGAGCCAAAGGAGAUGAGCAGCCUAUUAGUUCACCAUGGGAUAUAGCUUUGGGAAGCUUAGGUAUUUUUAAGAUGUUUAUAUUUUACUUUUAUGCAGGUUUUUUUUCAAAGUUUGUAGCCUGCUUAACACCAUUGCCAGUUAUUUAAUUUUUUCCUUAGUGGAAAUACCAUAUUUCAUGACCAUAUAGGACUAUGACUCAUCAGUAUUUACGAUAGUUUCUAUGCAUUGAAUGGCUACUACAAUUUUUUUUUUACCAAAGGCUAAGUUAUAUGCCCUGAUACAUAAUCUUCUGCAUAUUAAAAAAAAGAGAGAAAAGUAAUCCUGUGUCUUGUAGCAAAAUAAUUUUUCUACAUUUAUUGUAAAGUUAAAAGUGUGCAAGAUUUUUUUUCAUGCUUUAAUACUAAAUACAUUCAAGAUAGUUAUUGUUUAAGAUUACUGUUCUAAACAGUUUACUACUCAUUUGAUUCAUGUAUAUAGUAGUAAAAUGCUGUUAAAUGCUUUAUAUUUAUACUUAUUUUACAAACCAUUUAGAUUAUAUUCCUGUAUCCAUUUAUUUAGGAAUAAAGUCCAGUAUGAUUGUAUCUGUCAAAUCAUAAGAGUAUUCUGCUACAAAAUGAGAGAAGAUGAACUGUGUUUCUUUAAAGACUCUGAGAAAAAGGCCACAUCUUAGAACAUACCUUAUUACGCAUAUAUCAGCAUACUUCAUACUUCAGAGAAUAUCUUUCUCUGUAAUAAUCGUGUCCUUAAUGCAUGUCUAAUGUUUAUAUAUUUAUCAUUAUUUUAAGAGUCUUUUAGAU